CCAGUUGAGUACUGCUGUUCCGAUGGACUUCACACUGCUGCUGCUGACCUCGCUGCUCAGCUUUCUGCUGGGUUAUCUGCGCUACCGCUUCACCUACUGGGAACUGCGGGGGAUUCCACAGCUGCGGCCGCACUUCCUCUUUGGUCACUUCUUCAGGCUGCAGUCGGUGCACUACAGCGAGCUGCUCCAGGAGACCUACGAUGCCUUCAGGGGCAGUGCUAAGGUGGCGGGCACCUACGUCUUCCUGCGACCAAUGGCCGUCGUUUUGGAUCUGGACCUGGUCAAGGCGGUGCUCAUCCGGGAUUUUAACAACUUCGUGGACCGGCGAAGCUUUCACGGCGAUCCCCUCACCGCCAACUUGUUCAACCUGCAGGGCGAGGAGUGGCGUAACCUGCGUACCAAGUUGUCGCCCACUUUCACUAGUGGGAAAAUGAAGUACAUGUUUGGAACUGUAUCCACGGUGGCCCAGCAGCUGGGCGGUACCUUCGACGAACUGGUGGGGUCACAGGGCGCUGUUCUGGAGCUCCAUGAUCUGAUGGCCCGCUACACCACCGACGUGAUUGGAAGCUGCGCCUUUGGAACCGAGUGCAGCAGCCUGAGGGAACCGCAGGCGGAGUUCCGCCAGGUGGGGCGUCGGAUCUUCCGGAACAGCAACAGAAGUAUCCGUUGGCGCAUCUUUAAGAUGACCUACCUCAGCUCGCUGGCCAAGCUCGGCCUUCCGGUGCGUAUCCUUCACCCGGAUAUCACCAAGUUCUUCAACCGCAUAGUCCGCGAAACGGUGGAGUUGAGGGAGCGCGAGAACAUACGUCGGAAUGACUUCAUGGAUCUGCUGCUGGAUCUCAGGCGGAAAAGGACUCACCAUGGAGCAGAUGGCCGCCCAGGCCUUUGUAUUCUUCGUGGCCGGAUUCGAAACCAGUUCCAGCAACAUGAGCUACGCCCUAUUCGAGUUGGCCAAAAACCAAGAUGUGCAGCAGAAGCUGCGUAUGGAGAUAAACGAUUCGAUAGGCAAGCACGGGAAACUAACCUACGAGGCCAUGAUGGAGAUGCCCUACUUGGACCAGACCAUCACAGAAACUCUGCGCAAGUACCCGGCUCUUAGUUCACUUACACGUCUCGCCUCCGAGGACUAUGAGAUCCCCUCGCCCGAUGGCGGCGACCCCGUCGUCCUGGAGAAGGGCACCAGUGUGCACAUUCCGGUGCUGGCCAUCCACUACGACCCCGAAGUGUACCCGGAGCCCCACGAGUUCCGGCCGGAGCGAUUUGCACCGGAUGCCUGCCGGGAGCGUCAUCCCACUGCCUUCCUGGGCUUCGGCGACGGACCGCGCAACUGCAUUGGCCUGCGGUUUGGACGGAUGCAGGUGAAGGUGGGCCUGAUCACGCUGCUCCGCCGCUUCCGCUUCAGCCUGCCGCCCGGAUCGCCAACUCAGCUGAAGGUGACCAAGAGGAAUUUGAUACUCCUGCCCAGCGACGGCGUCCGAUUGCAAGUCGAUCCAGUCGAGUCGCGCCUAAUGUAAACACGAUUCGAUGCGGGAAUAAACAACGCAGCCUGCCGUUCCGUCAGCAGAAUAUUCAAUUAAACUCACCCGCUCCAAUCGCUCGAUUGAAAGCCAAACCAAAAUUUAUGGCAGCCGCAAAGACCCCCAUCCCGUUCGCCACCCAAGGCUACUGCUCAGUUAUCCCAGAAUCCGACACCAUGGGCAUUAAAUCAACACAGGCGACACAGGUGGUGGAGCUGGGGGAGGAGGCGGAGAAGGAGGAGUCGGAGGAGGAUGGCAUGGGGAGCUGGCCAGCCAUGUGAGCCGACCAAAAGCCAUUGCGGUCCAGUUUGAUGCACUUCUCCGAUGGCCAGCAGCACACAGCCCACAGGCCAACAGCCCCCAACCGAUGCAUUUGAGUGUGUGUGAGUUGCCUGCAUAAAUCCAAACAUUUACAAUAUUUUGCUAAUUAGCAAAAUAUGUGUGAAUAAUGCAUUUGGCAGGGGCGGAGUGGUGAGUGGGGAGUGGGGAGUGUGGGGUGGGGUGUGUACUCCUGCGUCCUGCAGGUGUCAUAUUAAAUUUAUGACCAGAGCUGCCCACACAAUCAAGAGACACUCGUGCGGAUGGAGAAACUGUGACAAGUGCCAGCAGUGGACAGUCUCAACAUUUUGGGCAUUUCGGUGAUUAGUUGUGGGCAAGCAGAAGACUCAGUGCCGGCAUAAUGAGCAGCACUAAUCAAUAAAUGAAUCAGGGAUAAGGAGCGAGUAGUCGGCACUCAGAAAUAUUGAAACAUUUUGAAACAGUGGUCGAAUUGAAGGGUCUAUGAUGUGCUAACUAAAUGGUUCAUAUCGACACAAAUAUGUCGUAUCAAUAAUAACUGAUCCCUACUCACCCAAUAACUAUUGAGUAAGUAUUAAAAAUGGUCGAAGGACUUAAUUCACUUUAUAUCACUGUCCUGUUCGCCACAAAAAAAAAAUUAAAUGGCUUUUAAUUUCCGAUGGCCGGAAGAAACAACUUCACAAUUAC